CCGCUUUCAGUGAUCAACAGUUCCACUCCGACUGCGUCUGUGGUGAACUCGUCGGUCGUGUGCACGCGGUUCAACACAAAACAUUGUUGUGCUCAGCGUUUACACAUUAUUAUAAUAUUAUUAUUAUUGUUUUAUUAUUAAUUUAUUUUAUUUAAUAAAAUCAUCGUCGUUUACCGUUUUUUUAUUGUUAUAUUAUUAAAAUUAUUUUAAUAAUCGUUUUUAUUUUAUUUUACACGAUAACGACAAUAAUGUAAACUGUUUUUUUUCUUUUUUAUUAUCACAAAAUAAUAAUAUUUUCGUUUUUUUCCCCUUCAAUUAUUGUGUUAAUUAUUGUGGUUUUUUGUUAACAUAAAUAUUAUAUUAUUGAAAUUAAAUUCAUCGUUUCCAAACAAUAAUAAUAAAAAAUACACUCACCGGGUCGUCCGACUGUCGUGUCCGAUGUUUGCUUAGAAAUCCGUAACAUAUUUUCGCCCGUCAUCGUCGAGCCGUACAACGAUAUGCCGGCUGAAGACGAUUCGUCACUGUUGUCGAACAUCUGUGUCGGCUGCGACUGGCUCGCCGCCGAACUGUCGUCAAGCAACAAGUCCCGAAUGCUGAUACUGGACUGUCGCAGCUCGAUGGACUUCUCGGACUGCCACGUGCGAGACGCCGUCAACUUCAGCAUACCCACCAUCAUGCUAAGGCGUUUGGCCGCCGGCAAAAUCGACCUAGCGUCCACCGUCAAGUGUUCGGAUCUCAGAGAGCAAAUAGUGAGCGCCUACAAGCAAAGCGUGUUCGUUUUAUAUGGCUGCGAAUGUCUGGACGACCGCAAAAGCGCAUCGCCCGAGUCCGACACCAUGAUCGUAUUGGCCAAGCGACUACUCAAAGACGGAUGCAAUGUGCACUGUUUAAACGAAAGUUUUGACGCCUUCCAGCAGUCGUACCCGGAAUGGUGCGAGUCGUUCCUGGAACGGUGCGCCCGCGCCAACGACGACAUGACCGGUUACAUCGGCGACACGGACACGCUGAUGGGCCUGCGGUCGUUGCACAUCACCCCGUCGCUGGUGCCGCUCGCCCGGAACGCCCGCCGCCAACACCAGCAGCUCACGUCCGUGCUGAGCACGUCGCCCGAGAGCUCGGGCGGUUCGGACAUCGACAGCCUGUCCGACGUGGACAGUUCCAGUUCGAUAUUGGGCUUCGACGACGAUCGCGACUUCCCCGUCGAGAUCCUGCCCGACCUGUUCCUGGGUAACGCGACCAACUCCGAAGACCUGGAAUGGCUCAAGAAGCACAGGAUAGAGUACAUACUCAACGUCACAUCGGACUUGCCGAACACGUUCGAAGAACAAGGUUCCAUCAAGUACAUGCAAAUACCCAUAUCCGAUCACAUUGGACAGAAUCUUGCCGGGUUUUUCCCUCAAGCCAUAGAAUUCAUAGACAACGGUAGGGCGCAAAAGAAAGGCGUCCUGGUGCACUGUCUGGCCGGCAUUUCGCGUUCGGUGACCGUCAUGCUUGCGUACCUGAUGGCCCACAGGCAGCUGAGCCUGAACGAAGCGUACAACAUGGUGCUGAAGCGCAAGGCCAACAUCGACCCCAACUUCCAUUUCAUGCAGCAGCUGCAUUCGUUUGAGAAACAGCUGCUGGACGCCAGGACGCAGCCCAAACACCAGAACAUGUCCAACACCGCAGCCACGACGACAACGGCUUCUUCGGCAUCGAGCUACCUGAGUCCGUUGUCCACGGCCGUGCAGAGUCCCGACAGCGGUAUCGAGUUCGAUCGGUGGACGCCUGGCACAGGCGGAUGAGAAACGUCUGAGGGCGAUGGGAGGUCGCCCCAGACGAAGUAUCGUUUUUGAUAUGUGCCUUCACGCUGUAACGCUGCUGUGUCGUCGGUCGCCUUCAUUUUCCUAAAACUAUACUAAUUAACGUUUAAAAUAAAAAAAAGAAAGAAAACUAUUAAAGUUUUAUAUUAAAUUACUUAUACAAUAUAUAAAGAUCUAAAUAUUAUAUAUUGUUUUAUAUAUAUAUAUAUGUAUAAAUGUCACUUGAUUUAAUGACUGCCUUUUUUUAAAUAUUAUUCUAUCGUAGUGCUCCUACAAUGAUAAUAAUUGUUUGUUUCAGUCGGCACAAUCUUUACUUUUUUAUUAAUUAUUAGCAACUAAAAUAAAAUUUGUUUAGUUAUACCAUAUGUUUUUUUUUCUUUUAGAUUAAAACGUUAUGUUCCAAGCCAUUGUAUG